AUGCUGAAUUCCAAGGUCCUGGAACCAGUUAGAAGAACGGAAGAUGCCCAUGUACGUAAGCUGCAGAUAGAGAAUGAUGACACCAAGAAGCAACGGGGCCCAAGACCCACCCAGGAACACUUGCCAUUUCUUGCCCCGCCCCCCCCCCCACAUCGAAUGAGACAAGAGGCUGCCUUUCACAUGACCAUAAUGCUAGAAAGCACAGAAAAGAAAGUUGUAUUUAGGACUCAGAUUCCUGACAUUUCUGUUUUGCUGAGAAAUAGUCAAUGUGAAAUCCAAGAGAGAAUGAGCAGACCACAGGUAUCACAUGAGGAACUACAUUUAUCUAAAGAGAUCAUACUUGAUGAAGUUCAACCAUCGAAAGAAACCGAUUUAUUAAUAAAUGCCGAUAGUGGUGACUCAAGCAGGGAAGAUACUAUAAGCAUCAGUAGUGUUAGCGCAAGAUCUGUGUCUGAUGAAGAGAAAAUCUUGUCUGAAAUUCAAGAAGAGAAACAAAUACUAGAAGAAUUAAAAGUGACUAUGGACAAAUGCCUCCCAAUCCCACUGGAUAUGCCUAAUAUCCAAGAAUCUUCAGAGGAAGACGGAGAUCAUUUUAGAGAAAAUUCUUCAAGAGACAAAGGCUAUUUCACGCCAAUAGGUUCUCUGCCAAACAACCUCCAGGCAUAUAAGCAUGCAUUGGAAAAUAUCAGAGGUACCAAGAACAACGUCAGAAAACUCUUGUACCAGCUCUAUGAAGCAACUGAAUUGACUUAUCAAAGCAAGCAAGGUUCUGAAGAUGGGCAGAAUUGCCAUAAGGUCCUAUUUGAGCUGUGGAUCAAGUGGUGUAGGAGCCAGUCCGAAAAUGUGGAUGGUGCUACACAGCUCCUUGAAGCCUUGACUCAGGACAUAUCCUGUAGCAUUGCUCUGAAAUUACAGUCAGUCUUCAUGGACCUCCUGCCUCAGGUCCAAGGUCUCCCAAGCAGUAUAAAAGACAACCUCCAACAGGCUUGUUGUAACAUGCACGAGUUUCAUACCACCUUUUCUGUAAGUGGUAGUUUUGAAGAUUUAGACAAACAUUAUCUGACCCAGAGCCAGUUUAAGCUGACCCAAGCCCAGGAAAGUAUAGAAAAAUUGUUCUGUUUCUUAGAAGAUGGUAUUCUUUCUGGUUGGAUUGUAGGACCACUCUCCCCCUCUGAAUAUUCCUUCCCAGAGGUAAUAACACUCCCUGAAGAAAAAGCAUCUUGA